CCUCUGAUUGGCUGUGCCCUGAUAUGAAAGCAGUUAAACUCCACCCUCCCAGUUUUGUUCACAGUGGACCUGGUCUGAGUGAGUCCAGACCAGCUUACAGCAGGACCUGCAGGAUCUGAUCAGACCAGGCGCUCAAACAUGGCCAAGUGCUCAGGAUGUGGACCGGGAUACCGCAGCCCGUUGGACGCCAUGAAGGGUCCCCGGGAGGAGAUCGUCUACCUGCCCUGCAUCUACCGCAACACCAACACCCUAAAACCCGACUACCUUGCCACCGUCGACGUCGACCCAAAAUCCCCCACCUUCUGCCAGGUCAUCCACCGUCUGCCAAUGCCGAACCUUCGUGACGAGCUGCAUCACUCUGGCUGGAAUGCUUGCAGCAGCUGCUUCGGCGACGCCUCCAAGAAAAGAAACCGUCUGAUUCUCCCAUCACUCAUCUCCUCCAGAGUCUACGUAGUUGACGUCGGGACGAAUCCCAGAGCACCGCAGAUCCAUAAAAUGGUGGAGCCUGUCGACCUGUACUGGAAGUGCGGCCUGGCAAACCCUCACACCACACACUGUCUGGGCAGCGGUCAGAUCAUGAUCAGCUGUAUAGGAGAUCCAUCUGGCAACGGCAAAGGUGGUUUCGUCCUGCUGGAUGGUGAGACGUUCGAGGUGAUUGGUAACUGGGAGCAGCCAGGUGAAGCAGUACCCUUUGGAUAUGACUUCUGGUAUCAACCUCGACACAAUGUGAUGAUCAGCACUGAAUGGGGUGCACCCAAAGCUCUGGUUAAUGGUUUUAAUCCUGCCCAUGUCAAAGAGGGACUCUACGGCAGCUCCAUCCAUGUUUGGGACUGGACCACCCACAAGAAGCUGCAGACACUCGAUCUGGGUGAGGAGGGUGCUAUUCCCCUCGAGGUCCGAUUCCUCCAUGACCCUGAUGCCACGGAGGGCUACGUGGGAUGCGCUCUGCGGGGAACAGUCUUCAGAUUCUACAAAACAAAAAAAGGUGACUGGGCUGCAGAGAAGGUAAUCAGUGUUCCCAGUAAGAAGGUCGAGGGAUGGGCACUGCCUGAGAUGCCUGGUUUGAUCACAGACAUCUUGAUCUCAUUGGAUGACCGUUAUCUCUACUUCAGUAAUUGGCUCCACGGUGACAUCAGACAGUAUGACAUCACAGACAGGAGGAACCCAAGACUGGUCGGCCAGGUGUUUCUGGGAGGAUGUAUCGUCAGUGAUGGUCCAGUUAAAGUCCUUGAAGAUCCCGAGAAACAGCCGCAGCCCCACCCCCGCUUCAUCAAGGGGAAGCGUGUCCCUGGAGGUCCUCAGAUGCUGCAGCUGAGUUUAGACGGUCGGAGACUUUACGUGACGACGUCUCUCUACAGCGGCUGGGACAAACAGUUCUACCCCGACAUGAUCAAAGAGGGCUCGGUGAUUAUGCAGAUCGAUGUGGACACCGCUAAUGGAGGUCUGACCCUGAAUGAAAACUUCCUGGUGGAUUUCGGUAAAGAACCCGACGGUCCAGUUCUCGCCCAUGAGGUUCGAUAUCCCGGAGGAGACUGUACGUCCGACAUCUGGCUGUAGGAUCAUCAAGAGGGGAAAUGUAAAUACUCUCAGUCAACAUCUGAAGUACAGUCAUCAUUCUAGACCGAUCAAUCAAUGCAGCCUCAGAAAUCACAUUUAAUCACUUCUAAAGGACGAAGUCAGAAAAUGAUGUUUCUGUAUUUAAUUUCAUAUUCAGACAAUAUUACACAAUCAAACUGUCUUUGUGGUUGAAGUGCUUUAUAGAUGAUUAGUACUCUGUUAUUAACUAGUCAAAUAUAAACUACAGGACACUACUGCACACAAUUAAACACAAAUUUGAUUAAAAAAAAAAACACAUAAAACACGAGUCGACAUCCUGCGUCUCUUCAGCUCCUCUCCAGUGACCCCCUGUGGCUCUGACGAGAAAUCACAUGCAUACGUCUACAACCUGAUGCCUUCUCCUCUUAAUUUUGCAGAACCUCAUUAGCGAUGGCAAAUUUUGAGUCUCUCUAUAGACUCAUGAACUGAUUCAUGUGCUUUAACUGCUGCAAAGUUAAAGUACCAAAUAAUCAUAAUCAGCCCACUGCAGAGUGACCGUCGUGUCGUUAAACAUAAACCUAGUUUAGACUUAAUUUGAUGAGUUCCCUUCAUCAUGAGGCUCAGACAUGUUUUUCAGCUCCAGACUCCAAAAAAAGCUGAGAAUCUUUAAUUAUUAUGUUAAUUUCAACUAUAACAACAGUUCCCCCUCAUUUAUCAAACCCCAAACCUUUAGUGUGAUAUUAAUAUCAGUAAUAUAGUGUCAUAAUAUUCUUGACUCUGUAGUGUCAUCCUGUUAUCAUUCAUUCAGUGUCAUAUUACUAAAGUUGUGGCUUGCCAACUUUCCUCCUGCUGUAUGUGAAGUUUCUAUGGAUACAGGUGACACAGGUGAAGUGAGCGUGACGAGAUAACAAACGGACCAAUCAGUUAUCAGCCUGAGACUCAGGGUGUUUCCUGUCAGUUGGUAAUGAUCCAUAUACAUAUAUAUGUAUGUAUACUCAUAUAUUUACAGUUAAUCCAUGAACCGACCAGUUUGACUGUAACUGACCUGCUGUGACCUCAGUCAUGUUCCUGUCCGCUGCAGCGCCCCCUGCUGCUCACUGUUAACUCAUGAUGGUUUAAUAAAGUUCUCUUUGAACAGUC